UUGUGUAACUACUACUACUAACAGAACGAGAGAAGUCUGCUGUCGCGACCCUUUAUUAGUUCUUUGAGCUACGACUAUUGGAGGCAUCUUUGGUACAUUUGUAUCCCAGUUCUCUUUCUGUAAUUCGGCUUAAGUCCAACUUAAGCCAAUGCUGAGUAUCCAAGAUGUCAGACAACGAGGUUGAAAAAUUUGAGAUAUCUGACUAUGACCUUGAAAAUGAAUUUAAUAUUAGACGGCCCGGCAGGAGGCAAACAAAAGAACAGCAGAUUUAUGGAGUUUGGGCACAAGAAGAAGGUGAUGAAGAGGAGGCAGAGGCAGAACACAUAGAAGUUCCAAUUCCCAGAGCACGAGUCCUUCGAGGAGGUCUUAAUUUUGUUCCCGGAGGGGUGCAGCAGGCUGGUAAAAAGGAUGAAAAACGCAAGAAAGAUGGUUCAGGUGAUGAGUCAGAAUCAGAGUUGGCACCAAGACCAAUGUUUGGAGCUACUGGUGACUCAAGUGAUGAGGAAAGUACACCAAGACCACACCUGCCAUCCAGUUUUGUCAGUAGUAAGAAGUCAUAUUCUUCAUUUAGCUCAGGACCCCAGAGGACAGAGAUUGCUGGUAUGCGACGGGGAGGACAGUCCAGCUCUGGAAAUGCUGGUCUACUUGGCAGUGGUUUAGGAGAUUGGGAAAAGCACACCUCAGGUAUUGGCAGUAAACUUUUGAAGAAAAUGGGAUUUGAAGAAGGAAAAGGAUUAGGUAAAAACUUGCAGGGUAUUUCAACACCAGUCGAGGCUAACAAGAGGAAAGGAAAGGGUGCUAUCGGUUACUAUGGUACAGAAAGAAGUGAAAAGUCUCUGAAAGAUUUUCCUGUAAAUGAUUCAGAUGAAGAAGAGAAGGAAAAAUUCAAAGAACUCCUCCAACAAUGGAAAAAAACGGGCAACAAGAAAAAGAUUAAGUAUAUAUACAAAAGUGCUGAGGAGGUGAUAAGAGAAGGUAAGACUAAGAAACUGAAACCUGCUGAUGACAGCCACAUUACCAAGACCAAAGUAAUUGACAUGACUGGGCCAGAAACACGAGUUCUUAGCAGUUAUCAUGCAAUUGGAGGUCAGAAGAAUAUUAUGGAUGAAUUUGAAGAAAAUAAAAAUAGAAAGUAUGAACAUUUUGAUCUUCCAGAGCUGCUGCAUAAUCUUCAGAUUUUAUUGGAUAAAUGUGAAGAUGACAUAGUGAUCAACGCUAGAACUCAAGAAAGGGAAAGCGACAGGAUAGUCCAUCUAGACCAUGAGAGGGAAAAAUAUGAAACUUUACUAGAUAGAGAAAAGAAAGAAUUGGAAAGUGUAGAUCAAGUUAUAAGCCUAGUAGAAAGAUUGGAUACUAGGCACAAAGAACAGAGUUUAAGCUUGAGUGAAGCAACAGCAAUAUUCACUGAAAUAAAAUCAGAGUAUCCAAAAAUAUACUAUACCUAUGAGAUACCUUACUUGGCUCCUACAUAUGUAACACCUCUUUUAAAAGAGUUAUUACGGACCUGGAAUCCUCUAGCUCAGCCUACGGCACAUAAAGAGGUUUUUGCCACGUGGCAAAACCUAGUUGAUAUAGGGGGAGCACAGCAGCAGCCAGGGACUGAUAUUCCUAUGGAUCCAUAUCAUCAUUUGGUGUGGGAAACUUGGACUGCUGCUGUAAGAUCUACUGUUAUGGGACCCUGGGAACCUCGAGACUGCACCCCACUUUUAGCAGUCCUUGAAUCUUGGACACUUCCUUUGGUUCCAGUGUGGAUCCAAGGCCACCUACUUCAGCACGUAAUUUUACCAAGAAUAACACGUGCAGUACACAACUGGAAUCCUCUAGAAGACACAGUUCCCAUUCAUACUUGGCUUCAGCCUUGGCUUCCCUUGUUAGUUGAUCACCUUCAGUCGGUUUACCCAGUUAUACGACAGAAAUUAUCUUCCGCUUUAAUUCAUUGGCAUCCAAGCGAUCGUUCAGCAAAAAUGGUUUUGCAGCCUUGGAAACGAGUUUUCAGUGAGAUAUCUAUGACAACUUUAAUUCAGUCGAAUAUACAGCCAAAGCUGGAAGCAGCACUUUUGGAAAUGCCCAUAACUGCUCACAGCCAAAAUCUUGACCCAUGGCACUGGUUUCUGGAUUGGGAUGACCUAUUACCUCCUCAGGUUACCUUAGAUAUUUUGGAACGCUGCUUUUUCAAUCAAUGGUUUCAGUCACUAGGUACUUGGCUGUCAUCAAACCCACCUUAUACUGAGGUCAUUAGUUGGUACAAAGGUUGGAGAGACUUAAUACCAAAGAGUGUAACCAAUAGGUUGCAAGUCCGUCAAAAAUUUCAGCAGGCAUUGGAAGUCUGUAUUCGAGGACUGAGUUUCCAACCAGGUGCUGUAGAGCAGUUCAAUUUAUUGUUAGCUGGUCUUGAUAAAUUAAUAGACCCACCACCACCACCACCACCUGGUUCUCCCCCAAGACAAAGGUCUGUGGACUGGGCAGAUAUCAUCAGUAGUGCACGCAGGGAAACGCUAAGUAUGCGUGAAGUAGUAGAGCGUAGAUGUCAGGAAAGGGGAACAGUGUUUGUUCCUUUGCCUGAUCGAACACAUGAAGGAAGGCCUGUUUACAAAUGUGGCAAACUGAAUAUAUCAUUUAACAAGAAUAUCAUUUACGUGCAUACAGAGAGAGGAUGGAUGCCCAAGAGCUUAACAACAUUAUUGGAUGAUGCUUGAGAUCUGUUUCUAAUUGGUUGUUACACCAGUGUGUAUUUGUGCUAUGUAUGUGGGUGUGUGUUUGUCAUGUCACUGUCUAGUUUGCAUCUUUAUAAUGUUUACUAGCAAGAGGCAUGCACUAUGUUGCAUGGGGCAGGAGGGCAGUUGAAGGACUCCGUUUAAAUAUGGCUGCCAGUCGUGAAGUGGGUCCUUCAUCGCACUGCUUUUGAUUUUUUUAUUGGGAGCAAAAUUUCAAAACAAAACCCAUAAUUCACAAUUUAUCAGGGGCGCAGACUAAUUCAGUACCUUCAGUACCUUUAUAUGCUGCCAUACAGCAUAUUUGCAAACUUUUUUAUCUGUUGGUCAGUUUCAUUGUGUAGACAACGAUGAGCUCUGUCAUGUUUUCAGCUAAUCGCUGUGAGUGGUAACUGUUAGUUUCUUGCGAGGGACGACAUUGAUCUCUUAACACUUUGCUCUUGCAAUCUUAAGGACUUCUCUUCAGGUUUUUCGAUGACACAUAUUUGGCUCUUUCUUUCAUGAUCACGGUUUAAUCUUUCCUCUCUCUCCUUGGUACCUUCAUUUGCCUUUCUUUUAGCCAUAGUUUGUAAGUUUUCAAUAAGCUUGCAUAAUUAUACCAGUUGUCUGCCCUCAAUAAAUGUAGUAUUUAUGAUAGCUGUUCUUGUAAUGCAUAUAUUUCUCUAGGUUUAAGUGUCUUUGAAAGAUUUUAUAAAGAAUAAUACAUAUUUAGCUGUACCAAC